CGUGUCUUGUCGAAGGUCUUGUUGUUCUCGACUGUUGUCUUGUCUUGUCUCUCUUUCACUUUGCUAGAGUUGUGAAUACUCAGGUGAAAUUUAGUUGAACUGUUGCCUUUGAUCCGAAAAAGCUACAAUGACUACGAAAGAUAUGGACAUGGACCCCAAGGCAGAGCACGACGAGAGCGGGUUGGCCGCUGACAUUGAGCGUCAACGCCAUCUCACCAAGACUUUGUUGUUCAAGGUCGACACAAGGGUUCUACCGUUGCUGGCACUCCUCUUCCUAUGCUCCUUUCUCGACCGAACCAACGUCGGCAACGCAAAGAUCAUUGGCAUGGAGGAGGAUCUUGGCAUCAGCAACAGCCAAUACAACCAGGGCUUGGCCGUUUUCUAUGCGACUUACAUUGCCAGCGAACUGCCAAGCAACCUCGUCCUGAAAAAGGUCUCGCCCAGGAUCUGGCUCCCGUUCCUGACCUGCGCGUGGGGCAUCGUCACCAUGUGCCUCGGCUUCGUCCGCAGCUACGGCAGCUUCGUCGCCGUUCGCGCCAUCCUCGGCAUGACCGAGGGCGGCCUGCUGCCGGGCAUGGUGCUGUACCUCUCCGGGCUCUACACCCGCGGCGAGCUGGCCCUGCGCAUCGGCAUCUUUUACACGGCCGCCUCUCUCUCCGGCGCGUUCGGCGGCCUUCUCGCGAGGGGGCUGUCGGCCAUCGGAUCCAAGGGUGGCCUUGAAGGCUGGAGGUACAUAUUCAUUAUCGAAGGGCUUCUCACUGUUGUGUGCGGCAUAAUUGCUGCCAUCGGCCUGCCCAACAACCUGGCGACCGCCAAGAUGUUGACCCCCGAGGAGCGCGAGUGGGCGCUGCUCAGGCUUCAAGGACACGCUGAAGACCGGUUCAAUCCCUCCAGUGAGAGAGAGGAGAAGUUCCGCUGGUCCGAGGUUGGGCGCGGCGUGUUCAACGUCCAAGUCUGGCUCAGUGCGACGGCCUACUUUGCGAUCCUGUCCGGCCUUUACUCUUUCGGGCUUUUCCUCCCCACUAUCAUCAACGACCUGCACAUUGCGUCCAACCCUGACGAGGUCCAACUAUGGUCCGUAAUCCCAUACGCCGUCGCAACGCCUGUAACAGUCCUCGUGGCCUUCUUGUCUGAUCGCCUGCGCCUCCGCGGCCUCCUCAUGCUUAUCGUCCUCCCCAUCUCCAUUGCCGGAUACGCAGUUAUUGCCAAUGCCACAGCGCCGCAGACGAGGUUCGCCAUGACUUGCCUGAUGGCCAUCGGCAUGUACAGCGCCGUUCCGUGCGUCUUGGUCUGGAACUCCAACAACUCGGCGGGCCAUUACAAGCGUGCGACAACGUCUGCGCUGCAACUGGCCAUCGCCAACUGUGGAGGGUUCGUUGCGACCUUCAUCUACCCCAGCUAUGAAGGCCCGUUCUACCACAAGGGCCACACCAUCAUUUUGGGCUUGCUAUGUUAUGCCUGGGUUGCAACCCUUCUGAAUGUUAUCUGGUGCGCUAAGAUUAACCGCGACAAGGCGGCAGGGAAGUAUGAUGAGUACGUCGGCACUGGCGAUGACCGGGAGCCCGGCUUCAAGAUGGUUUUGUAAACACAACGGCAGGAUCUGGAUGACUUGAAGUUAGAUGAUGAAUGAUGAAUGAAGGACUGCAAGGACUGCAAGUGGUUGUGUUUAGAAGGAAUGGUAGCAUUCUCUUGCAUUUUUUCACUGCAUUUCCUAUCUAAUGUUUCUAAGAGUCACUGAUCAUCGUUUUUUCGGUUCUCUAUAGAUUUCUUUCCUUGUCAACUCUAGCAUGGGUCAAGUAGUUGUUUCCGUUGGGUACAGAGACUGCCCCACUAGGUAAAUAAGUCAAUGCCAUUCAUUUCGAUUUCACCGACUACCCGAACAUCAAUCCUUUGCUUCUUGAGUGUGUGAUCUGCACCAAGUAACAAUGGCGAUUCGGAAAAACGGGAAACUCGUCUAAGCGCUUUCACUAGUAGAACAACAGUUGAGCAGUCGUCGGGGAGGGUAGCAGAAAAUGUAAAAUCUUGGACUUUACUUCAGUCUUAAACAAAAAUGGCUUGGAUGAUCCGGUUCUGGACCCCGGUGUGUUCUACAUUUCCCUUGACCAGCACACGUCUAUUCUUC